UUUGCAACGCCAUUAAGAUGUAGAAAGGUAUUGCAUGUUUGAGAGGUAUUAUAUAUAUGUCUGUCAUUAUUUAAAGAAAGAAAUAUUAUGUUAUGUGUUUUGUGAACAUAGCGAGUGUUUUAAAGUGAUAUGUGCAGUAUUGUAUAUACGAUUAGAGAAGUCCAGUAGAAGAAAACACCAGACGUUUCAACCAAUAGGCCUAUAGCAUCCAGUAGCUGAAGAUUAUACCAGUACCAUCACGCUGCAUUCAAGAUGUUUUGGAAGUUUAAUCAUGCUUCAUCACCCCAUAUAGAGACUCUUCUUAACAAGGAAGAUGUUACACUUCAUGAGCUCAUGGAUGAGGAAGAUGUACUUCAGGAGUGUAAAGUUCAGAACAAGAAAUUAAUUGACUACUUAAUCCGACCAGAUGUAAUGGAAGAAUUGGUAACUCUUACAACAGUUGAACCAUCUGGGGAAGUGGAUGAGAAAGUACGCUAUAAAUACCCCAAUAUAGCAUGUGAGCUACUGACAUGUGAUGUUCCAGCCCUUAAUGAACGCCUAGCUGGUGAUGAAGCAUUACUUGGGAAGUUAUAUGCUUUCCUGGAAUCAGACAAACCACUUAAUCCUCUUCUUGCAUCUUUCUUUAGUAAAACCAUUGGUGUUCUUGUUGCACGCAAGACAGAACAGAACUGGUAUUCCUAUCAGUUCACUUGUUUGCAGGUGUUGGAGUUUUUAAAAUCGAAGGAAAACUGUAUCAGUUUGCUGCUGAAGCACCUGGGCACAUCUGCCAUAAUGGAUUUAAUGUUGAAGCUCAUCACACAUGUAGAAGGAGUAGAGACGAAACAGAAUAUUCUGAAUUGGCUGGAUAGUCAGCAAGUGGUACAAUGUCUCAUUGCAUUGCUGGAACCUUCAGUUGAUCCUGAACGCCAUUGUAAUGCUGCACAACUUAUCUGUGAUGUUAUUAAAAUGUCAAGGGAAAACCAGCAUACUUCAACAGAGCGGUCAGAUCCAGACCCAAUACUUAACACUAUCGAGGCCCCUGAAACUGUAAAGCAGCUCCUGGAUCACAUGUUAGGGAAGGAGAAAAGUGAGUCAUCAAUCGUUGGUGGAAUCUCCGUAUUGUUAACUCUACUUGACUGUAGUAAACCAAGUGGUCCGAAUGCCAAUUCAAAUAACACGUAUGGUGGAGGUGGUGGUCAGGGUGAGGAAAAUGGAGGAAAUAGUGAAAAUGAGCAGCCUUCUAAGAUGGUUUUAAGUACAACAACUGUGAUCUUGCCACGUCUUAAGGAUUUUCACAGCCUAUUACUUGAUCCUCCACAUAAGCCACCAGUGAAGACAACAGUAGGAGCUCUAGAUCCUCCGUUUGGCAACACAAGGCUGCAAGUAGCAAAACUGAUUGCAGCAUUACUUGCUACAAACAAUGCAGAUGUAAAUAAAGAAUUAGCCAGUUUAGGAACAACUGAAGUGUUAUUGGAUUUGUUUUUCAAAUACACGUGGAACAACUUUCUUCAUUCUCAAGUGGAACAAUGUAUAGCAUUUGCACUUAAUUCAGAACUAAGUUUGUCUGCUGAGAAUGGUAUGAGUGAAAAUGUUUUAUUACAAAAUAUUUUUCAAAAAUGCAAAUUAAUACAAAGGAUAUUAGAUGCUUGGGAUGAUAAUGAAGUUGAACAAAGCAGAACUGGUGGUCUCAGGAGAGGUUAUAUGGGUCAUCUAAUCAAGAUAGCAAAUCAUGUGGCGCAGCAGGCUGAAAAGGGUCCAUUAGGAGCUUUCAUCAAAGAGCAUGUGGCAGCAGAUACUGUGGCUGCAUGGGAAGCGUUUGUAGCCAACACAUUGGCAGAAACUAAUAAACGACAUCAGAUAUGCCUGGGUGGUGUUCCUCCUGUUCAUUCAAGUUCAGAGGAUGAUGAUGCAGAUUACAGAGACAUUCCAUUCCCACAGGACCCAGCCUUACAGCAGGUAUUUUCUGAGUACCAGAUGCAACAAAUGGCCCCACAGUUCAUUGAGAAUUAUGGCUUCCAUGACGACGAAUUCACAGAUGGUGAAGAUGCAUUACAUGCAUCUGUGGACCGGCUUACAAGCAUGACCUUUAGCCUCAGUGAAGAGGAACUUGACAGGCAAGCCGAGCUGUUCAAACAAGUAUGUUCCCAGAAAUUACACACAUUGAAUGAUGGAGAAGAAGAUAUUUGGGAUGAUCGGGAGCAGGAACUCACCUUUCAGACUGUCAUUGACACGAGGACAGGGGACUGGCAAGGAGAGGAUGCUGCAGAGAAUAGUAGUUCGGAUGAGGAGGAAAGAGCAGGUCCAGAGGGAAGGGAAGAAGUUCACAUGGAAGUGGAUUGCACAGAUCCUUGGGCAGCAGCUGAUAUUUCAAGUGAAGGUGCAGUUGCACCAAUAGCAAUUGAUUCAAGUAACCCAUGGGGUAACAACAGUGAGCCCACUCCAGCUCUUGGACCCACAGCUCCUAAUGAAGGAGGUUGGGCAGACUUUGAUUCAGCAGGGUUUGCUGAUUUUGAAGCAAACUUUGGAGCUGCAGGUGUUACAGACAUAACUUGCAGCAAAAGUACAAGUGACUGUAAAAACGGUCACCAAGAAAUGGCAAAAACAGACAGUGAAAUCACAAAUUCUACAGUACUGGUUGAUUGUUCUAGCACGAUAGCUGUUCUUGAUUCAGGAAGCAGGGCUGAAAAGAGGCCUGCUGGCAGGCCCCUUGAUGUGGACUCUAAGCUUACCUCAGAACUUAAAACUCAAGAAGAAAGUAUACCAGAAAAGGGCCCAGAUUCCGGGGCCGAUGACAAUGCAAACCCUAGUGCUUCUUUAGGAGAGAAACACCAUCAGCACCUUAUAGAUAAUUAUAGGUUCCUAUCAACACAAGGUCUGGUGUCUAGUGGUCGAGAAGUACAAUCAUUACCUACAGAGCAACUUGAGACUGAUUCUGUUCCAAAAGAGAAUGGUCCAGUACCAGAGGAGUCACAGAGCACAGCUGAAUUAGUAGACAACAGUCAACCAGCAUCAAUAGCCAAACAUAAUGAGGCUUGUUCAAGUAAGACAAGUCUAGGUGCAACUCCAAAUGGCCCUGUUUGAACUCUUGUGUCACUAUUGACAUUUAUAUCUGUGUUCAGGUAAGCCUUGGCUCUGACAGGACAUCGAAGGGCCUAUACAGCAAAGUGAUGGCAUUGGAUCAUUGCAACAUUAUCAUGUUUUGAAUCAUAUCAUAUAUAAAAGAAUUGCAGACAUUUAUUGAUAGGUGCAACUAUUGUGAUUUGUGUAUAGAAUACGAGGGCUGUACUCCAUUACAAGUAUUUUAGUGCUCGAAGAGUACAAGAGUGCCUCUUAAGUACUCCCAGUGUUCCUUUGAGGUGCUCAGUGCGAUCAGUAGUAUUGUGUGUGGGUAAAUUUGACUAAUGGGACUAGUAUGGUGGUGCAUUAAUGUUGUAAAUUUAUUAUAGAAACAUAUGGUCUAAAAACAUAUUUAAUUGAAAAUAUCACAGGAUUUUUGGUAUUGAUCAGGUAAGUAGGACAAUUAAAUACAUUGGUAAUCGCAUGAUGAAACUGUGUAGUGGCCAGUUCUUGAGUUCAGAAGAAUGUGAUAGCUGAUUACAUGACACCUCUUUUAAUGUGAAUUAUUUUAUGCAUAGUUUCUUUUAUAAAGAAUGCAUGAUUAUAACAUCGUUUAUCCAGUAUCUUAUUUAUAACAAUUUUAGGUUACCUAAACUGUCAAUGUAUUUAUAUAAUUGUCAUAUUCAGAUCACCUGCCGUCUCAAAAAAAAAAGUUUUAAGAUAUUGGUAAAUCUCUUAUAUAUAGUGUUGGGCAUGACCUUGUCCCUAAAUUGCCUGUUUAUUUUGAGGAUGAAUAUAGUGGUUUUGUCCCUUAUAAUAUUUGUCAUUUUAAGGAACUCCAUGCAGUUUUAUCUGAAGGGUUAUUGUUUUCUGUUAGAAGUUUGAAAUUGAGAAUGGAAAUGACCUUAGUGUUUGGCUGAUUGUGGAUGGCACUGUUUAUAAAUACAUCCUGACUUUCUAUGUCUGAAUCAGCUCCUGGUCUGUGAUGUGGCUUCCAGUUUAAUCACAUUGAAUUAGUUCUGCACAGAUAAAUGCUGUUUGUGUAUAUGAUGUUUGGAACAGUCACUGUACUUUAUACUAUUAAAAGAUAUAUUGUUAGAUAAUGUUUAUUGAAGUUCAUUAGGUUUUAUGAAAACUUAGGAGAGCCACAGUUUAGUGGCUUACUUUGUGCUGAGAAGCACUUUUAAUUAUGUAGUAUCCAAAUAUCCAGAUGGAGUUAGAAGUCUAGGCUUGGUUCAUUAUUCUUGCAACAAAACAACUUCAACCUUCUGUUGUUUGUUCAGAUAAAAUAUUCUUGGCCUUUGAAUUAGUUACAUGUCCUAAAUUUAAGGCUAAAGCUAUUUUAAGUCAGCUGUAUGAAAUUAUUUUAAAGGGAGAUGAAAAUUAUUUUUGUGCAUAUAAAAUUUUAAAAUGUCAAAAAGUACACCACCAUCAUUUGUUAAAGGCGUAAGUAUAUUACCUUAGAUCAUUGUACAGACACAAAAGUUCUGUUUUGUAGGCAGUGUAUAAUGCUAAUAUUUAUAUCUUUUAAUACUAUGCCUCAUCCAUAACUUGGUUCAAUAUAUUAAGUUUGCAAUGUAAAUGCACCAACAGAGAAUUUACUUAAGUGUUCCCAAUCCAAGGGUAGAAAAUUCUGGUGAAAAUUCAUGAGAGUGGAAGGAUGCUUCUAUAUUUUGGCAUAACCUUGCAGGAUACUAAAUUCAAAGAUAUGUAUAUGAACAUAUAAUAUAUAUAUAUAAAAUAGUAAUUAUGUUUUGUGAUUAAGUGCAUAGUUCUUAUAAUGUAUUAAUUGUUGCAACAGAAGCAAUAUAAUUAUUAGCAUUGUUGAUUAUCUACAUUUUAUGCUUCCAUAAAAUGAGGAUUUUUUUGUGAAUAUUUUCCCAUAUGGAUGUGUAAAUAUGUCAAACUGUAACAGUAUUUGUAUCUUGUGUAGUCUGCAGCCUUAAUGUUACAGAAUAUGAACACAUUGUAGUGUUAACAUGUUUUGCAUAUUCACAGCGGUUUUUUAACAGUUUCAGCCAUUCUUACGUUUUUACUUCAGAUUGGAUCACUAAGACAGUGAACGAGGCCAAUAUGCUUAACUGUAAACAAAUUUGUGACAGAGAUUUUUUAGAAACGUGAUUCAUUGAAUUGAGUCCAGUUUCUAUACACAUGUGUAAAAGUGUUGAAAUAUUUUGAAUAAUCUGGGGACUUCAUUAAAUAGUUAGUACAAAUGUAGUUGAAUCAUUUAGUAGUCAAACAGUUGAUUACAAAUGUUUGCAGUAUCCUACAAAACUUUGUAAAUAAACCUACUACAAGAACUACAUAAUGACCAAGCUUCAAACUUUAUAGGUCCUAAGUGAAAUAAAUAUUGUUACAAUUUGUUGGCUC